AUGAGUACUCAUAAUGUGCUUGAGGCCUUGAAACAGAAACUGCUACGUGAGCAAGCUCAAAAUGAAUCUAUAAGACCAUCAGAAACGCCAGUAAAGAGAGAAGUUACAAGUUCCAAUAGUGGGUAUGGUAGAAGACCUGAUGAUACUAAAAACACACCAGAUCGUUCGGGCUAUUCGAGAAGAGAAGAACGAGCAAAUGAAGUCAAGCAGGAAAGUCCACAAGAACAAAAACCAAUAGAGACUCGUUCAAUGGAUGAUAGACAAACUCAUGAUAGAAGAGAUUAUCGUGGCACAAGAGGAGGUGAUCAUUACAGCAGUGGAAGAAGAGAAUACCCAAAUCGAAAUGAUCAUCAUGAUAGAAGACAUACCGCUGAAAGAAGAGAUUAUGGUGAAAGAAGAGAUUAUAGUGGAAGAGAUAGAAGAGAUUAUAACAGACGUGAUGAUGGUCCCUCUAGGUACAGAGAUGACAGAUAUGAAAGAAGAGAUGAAAGACCAACGAGGUAUAGGGAAAGAGAUACCAGAGGUGGUGAUAGAUAUUAUGACAAUACUAAUAAUCAACAACAGCGAUAUUCACGUUCAACAGAUUAUAGCAACAACGGUGAUGAUGCUUCAUAUAAUGAAGAUUUAACUAAUGUUGUACCAAUAGAUAAGCUAGAGAGAAAAAGCUUAUGGGAUUUGAAACCGAAAGGGUUUGAAAAAGUUAGUUCUGAAAGGGCAAAGAUUUCAGGACUUUUCCCAUUGCCUGGUGAAUCUAAACAAGUUGAUAUUUCUAAAUUAGAAGGUUUAGUUAGUGGUGGUGAUUUAAACAGUCAAACAUCUAUUUUGUUUGAAGAAAUAAGUAUUGAAUCAUUAUCCUCUAGAAAUUCCAAACAAUUGAUUAUAACAGGUGUUGAAUUUUCUUUAUUUCCUGUUGAAAGAUUAGUUGAAUAUUUGAAAACUUACAUUAACAGUCUGAAAGUUGAAAAUGCAUUCAUUGUUUCACAUGAAUUAAUCGAAUCUAAAUAUUUGGUUAUCAAUUUAUCAAACUCAAAUAUUACCACUAUCUUAUAUUCAUCUUUUAAAUAUUUCCAAAAUGAGUUACAUUUGAAAAUCAAAAUAGAUAGACCACAAUCAUACAUCACACCAAACUCAAAAUUAUUAUCACCAGAAGAAUUAAGCAAGUCUAAAGUACCGGAUUCUGGAAACAAGAUAGCUAUAACAAAUAUACCAAAUGAUAUCAAACAAGAUGAAAUAUUACAAGAUUUACAAGAAAUUGGACAUGUUUCCAAAAUUGAUCUGUUACUUGAUAAUGAAGAGAAUUCAAAAGGUAUUGCAUUUGUUGAAUUUGAAGAUAUAAUCGCGGAUCAGGCUAUUGAAGCAAUCAAUAAAAUUGUUAUAAAUGAAACUACAUUAUUUGCAAUUUUUGCCUCUAAAGGAUUACCAAAACAAGAAGAAGAAAUUACAUAUAGAACAAUCUCCAGUGUGGCACAAUCAGGCUCUUUGAAAAUUGAUACUAAUGUUUUAAUAUUAUUGAAUGUUGUUCAUCCAGAAGAAUUAAAAAAUGAAGUUGUUUAUCAAGAAGUUUUAAAUGAUAUUACUAAUGAAUGUUCAAAAUAUGGGAAAGUCUUGAAUGUUAAAAUCCCGAAACCUGCUGAAGAUUAUAAAAGAAAUUUGAAAAGUUUAGAUACAAGUAUAGGUAAGAUAUUUGUUAAAUUUGAGAAUGAAGAAGGUGCAUCAAGGGCUUCAAAAUUAUUAAAUGGACGUAAGUAUCAUGAAAGAACAGUUUUAGUUUCAUUCUUACCAGAGAGUGAUUAUAACUUAAACUUGUUUUAA